AUGGAACGCCCCCCCACAGUCGACGACAGUGGCUCCGUACAGCACACCGGUGUCAACGACCGUCGCACCGAAGCCGUCGACGCUGGCACCCAAGGCAACGACGGCGGUACCGUAUGGAACACUUGUGCCAGCAACCAGCGCACCGAAGGCAACGACACCGGCUCCCAAACUAACGACUGUUGCACCGACAAAUACUCCCAAGACCACGGCAGCAGUCCCAAAGACAUCGACACUGGCUCCCAAGCCAACAACGAUGACCCCGUACAGUACGCCAGUGUCUACUACCAGUGCACCGAAGGCGACGACAUCGGCGCCAAAGUCCUCGACGCCGGCACCGUAUGGAACACCAGUGUCCCCAACGAUUGCACCGACGACCACUACAGCCGUACCGAUGGCAACGACGGUAACUCCAAAGACGACGACGCCAGGACGCAGGCGCCUGCCACCGGAGCACCGAAAUCAACAACAAGCGCACCGAAACCUGCAACGUCGGCACCGUAUGCGACGACGAGCUCCGCUACGAACGCACCCAAGCACUCCGCCACGCCGACGACGCAAUCGCCCUACGGCACUCGGUCGCCGAUCACCGAUGUCCCAAAGCCAGCAUCGACGCCGGUUCCGUACGGCAGCGUCAAGCCAGCGACAUCGGCACCGGCACUGAACUUGGCGUCGUGCGCCUGCUCGACGGGCUUUUGCAUUGCGCAAACCUGCAACAACUGCAACGCCGACCUUGGCAACGGAGUCCGCUCCUGCAUGGGCGGGUGGACAAAAGCACAGUGCACGAGUCAACUGGCGUACGGUGCGACCUACACGUGGUGUGGCGACGGUGACCGGUCAACGUCGCCGACGCCGUCCAUGAACAAGAGCCCGGCGCCAGACGUCAACGUUGGUGUUUACGGCGCGUACCGGCAACCGUCCGCCCGCAAGCUCGGCGACACGGACGACACCACCGAUGGCUUGUGGUGA